CUCUUUUUCCUAAACAAUCCAUAGUCUGUUGUUGUCUAUAUAUACUUCCACAAAGUUUCACUUGCUCCAGACAAAUUGAAGGUUGUUGCAGAAAUACAAUUAAUUAGCAACUAGACAGUGUUGAUCGAAGUGAGAAAUACAGUAAAAAUGUCAAAGAUGAUCAGCAGUUUAUUGAGCAACAGCGACCCAAUGGUUGCCAUGAUGAAUAUGUGUCCAGUUUUGAGUACCCCUAUUGACUGGAAAGAAACCCCUGAAGCUCAUUGCUUCUUCGCCGACCUUCCUGGGUUUAGCAAAGAGGAUGUCAAAGUGGAAGUGGACAAUGGAAGAGUACUACAAAUUAGUGGGGAGUGGAAGGCAGAUAAAUUAGCUGAAGCUGAUGAUGAAAAGAAGAAGAAAAUAGACAAGUGGCAUAGAGUGGAACGUAACCGAGGAAAUUUCUGCAGGAAAUUUAGGCUUCCAGAAAAUAUAAAGGCAGAUCAAGUGAAGGCAUCCAUGGAGAAUGGUGUCCUCAUUGUGACUGUCCCUAAAGAGGAAGUUAAAAAACCCUACUCCAAAGUAAUCGAAAUUGAAGAAAAAUAAGACUUUUGAGUAAUAAUAAUUAUAAGAAAAGUGGAUGCAUUAUGUUAAUUGUAGUAAUAAAACUAAUAUAUUGUGAGGUUGUAAGGUUGUAUAUUUUGAGUGUCGUUCAUGUUCUUUUUAUGUUUUCUGUAAUUUUCCUUGUGAGUUGUGAUUAAUAAUUGAAUAUUAUCAUCUGAACUUGUCAUA